AAAAUUUGUCAAUGUUGUGUUGAUUCAGUUGAUAAUAAAAAUAACAGUCUGUGAUUUUUUAUUCGAUUGAUAAGCAAAGAUAUUGAUGAUAACUGCAAAAUUUGUUGUGCUUUUAGAAUUUUAAUCAAUUCACCUGUCAUUUUUCUCCAGUUUUUUAUUCACCUCAGGAUUGGAAUUAGUUUACUGAUUGUUGGCGUAUUAAAAUCUUCCCUCUGUCGGAAACUUUACAUCCUCCGGUUGCAGUCUAUGUGUUGAUAGUGCACUGUCAUCAAAAUGAAUUAUAAUCACUCUAGAGGGCAAUUUGCCCAAACUCCUGGGAGGAAGUUGACGAAAAGGCCAACGGAAACACCCGGAAUGGAAACCUACGCUCGGUCUGAAAAUUAUGUGCCUCCUCCUGCUCCUGGAUUCCAGCCCAGCAUGCAUGCUAACAUUAACUACCCCCCUCAACCCGGUCCAACACCUACCUAUAUGAAUCCUAGUAUGCAAAAUAUUCAAAUGCAGCCUUCACAACCAACGGUGCAGCCAAACAUGGGAGCUCCCUCUGCUAAUUAUUAUAACCAGAAUCAACAUCAACCAUUUCAAAUUCUAUCGGAUCCAAUGGUAACAAAUAUGGCCAUGCAAUAUGGUUCCUCACUUGUUGGAUCUGGCCGUCAAAUUGUGGAUUCACAGUUUGAAAAAUAUAUACCUGUCUCAAGGUUGAAAUAUUAUUUUGCCGUUGAUACCAAUUAUGUCGCUCGAAAACUUAUGUUAGUCUUAUUUCCAUUCCUACACAAGGAUUGGUCAAUGAAAUACGAGCAAAAUGAACCUGUGCAACCAAAGUUUGAAGUUAAUGCCCCUGAUUUGUAUAUUCCUGUAAUGGCUUAUGUAACAUAUGUUCUAGUGGCAGGAUUAGCAUUAGGCACUCAAAGUAAAUUUAGUCCAGAAGCUCUUGGUAUAUUAGCAUCUUCAGCUUUAGCUUGGACUGUCGUAGAAAUAGUCAUUGCAUUGCUCACACUCUACAUUUCUAGUAUAGACACUCUCUUGAAGACUUUGGAUCUACUUGCUUAUUCUGGUUACAAGUUUGUUGGGAUAAAUUUGGCAGUACUUUUAAGUUUGAUGUUAAGUAGGAGUGGAUACUACAUCACGCUUGUUUAUUCAAGUUUUGCUGUAGCUUUCUUCCUGGUUAGAACGCUAAAACUGCAAGUGCUAGCUGGAAACGACCCUUACAAAGGAUCUGUAGGAAAUAAAAGAAGAAUGUAUUUCAUAUUAUUUAUUGCAGUCAUGCAACCAAUCAUGAUGUGGUGGCUGUCAUCUCAUCUCAUCCCAUCAUCGUAAUAAAAGUACUAUUGCCAGGAACUAAUUUUGAAAACUUUCCAUGGGACUCUGAUAACUCUGCAAAUGACUAGUCAAUUUCAUAAUUUUUUCUUGGACUCCAAGAGCAAAAACCUUGAGAUGAAAGAGUCCAACACAAUGGAACAAACAUGACCAAUUGCCAGAAUUGCCUUUCCUUCAGUUUCAGCAAACUUUUUAUCAUAUUUUGUGAUUUCAUCCUUCCUUCAUCUCUUUAUCAUUUCUGUUAGAAGUCUUAUUUGCUCUUUUUGCUAGGACUUUCAAAAUAUAAACUCGUUUUUUAACUUUUUGUCUAAAUAAUAUAUUAUGGGAAAUUGUCA